UACCCGUGGGGAUACGGGUAAACUGUGUCCAUUGGCAGGAAUGCGCUUCCCGUCCGCUCCCGCAGAAAUCUCACGCCGCAAUGCCGGCGCACACUCGAGCUGCCCAGCCCAGCGCAAGAGCCCCCACGCGAUCGGCGGAACGCCGGUCUCUCUUCCGGCAUAGCGCCUAAAGCUUCCGCGCGCUUUGGUCCAAGCUCCUAUCCGGUUUCGCGAACACACUCUCUCGCUCCCUGCAACGCGCGCCGUACUGUGCGGUCAUGGCCAGCCGUCUCUUCCUGCUCCGGCGGUACACAAGGGGGUGGCGGCGGCAGCCGCCAAGAUCCCUUCCACUUUUCCCACCGUCUGGCGGCGGAAAGGUGGCGUCGUCCCACGGGACGCUGGGGCUGCUCGCGCCUCCGCCCAGCUCACCAUCUUAUACUUUCCACAAGGUUUGCAACCGAGAUGCUGGAUCCUUCAGUUGGUUCCAAAGUUGCAACCUUCAAGCCUGCCAUUCUAUCCAUACAAGUCGAUCGGUUAAUAGUGAAAAUCAGGCUAUGGCAGAGGCUCAACAAAAUCCAGGAGCGGUUGUAUCAGUUGAUGAUUCUGGUGAACCAAAACCGAAGAGAGAAAAGCUGAAAGGAAAGAGGGCAGUAACAAGAUUUUUGAAAUCCUUGAGAUGGAAAAAGAAAAAGGAGAUUCAGAGAAUGACUGCGGAGGAGAAGAUUUUGUACAAACUGAAGCUAGCUCGAAAGAAGGAAGAACGGCUUGUUGCAGCACUGAAAAAAAUUGAACCAGAGGAUCCGUCAGAACCUACACACGAUCCUGAGGUGCUUACACCUGAAGAGCACUUCUAUUUCCUCAAGAUGGGCCAAAAAUGUAAAAACUAUGUGCCUGUUGGAAGACGUGGAAUUUACCAGGGAGUGAUCUUGAACAUGCACUUGCACUGGAAAAAGCACCAAACUCUACAGGUAAUUGUGAAGACAUUCACACCAGAGGAGAUCAAGGAAAUUGCCAUAGAGUUAGCCAGACUAAGUGGUGGGAUUGUGCUUGAUAUUCAAGAAGGGAAUACAAUUAUUAUGUACAGAGGGAAAAACUAUGCACAACCGCCACCAGAAAUCAUGUCUCCGAAAGUUUCACUCUCUAGAAAAAAGGCACUGGAUAAAUCCAAAUACAAAGAUCGUCUCAGAGCUCUUAGGAGGUACAUUCCCAGGCUUGAGCAGGAGCUUGAAGAUCUUCAUGCACAGAUGAAAUUAGCUGGAGAGCAUAAAGGACAAAGUACGGGGAAAGAUGUUUUAAUUUCAGAUAGUGCAAACAGUAUGCCAAGGAGAAAAGAGUCUUCUAGCUCAGUUAGCAAUAAAAGUGUAUCAGACCUCCUGCUAACAGAAAGAAUAGAGGGAUCCGAGAGGUUAGAAGAUGAAAGUUCUGAGGUUGAGGAUGAUUCAGCUUCAGAGUCUAUGUCAUUUUCAGAGUCUGAGGAUCUCUCUGACAUUUUUGAGACAGAAUCAGAGGAGCAGGAAGAAGACAAGAAGGAACGCCCCUUGUAUCUGGAUAGGCUGGAUAAGUUUCCCUCAGAAAAUAAUGAUGAUGAACCAGAUGAUUUUGAGGAGCAUCUACGGAAGAUCGCUUCACUUUCUGGUAAGACUGAUUCACCUUCAAAAGAACUGAACGUGUCCGAGCUUGACGAGAUUGAUAAAAUCUUUCUGAGAGCUAGUUCAUUGCUGAAGAAAAGGUGACCAUUUGGAAUUUGUAUACAAUGCACUUGAUAUUUGUAUGCAAUGUGAAAAGUUAUUCGUGCAGUUCAAUGGCAUCUUCAAAAGGAUUUAUAAUCUACUGGGAACAGACUGGCAUUCCUGGGUUUAUACUUGCAAUAGUUUUAUGGUGGUCAUAAUACAACUGAAAUUUGGUGAACUCAUUUAAAUUCGGAAAUUGAUAGUUUGAAUAUCAAAGAUGAGAUUAUCUCGUAUGGAUUCAUGCUUUUGUUUAGUGCCAUAGCAUUUAUCAAAACGGGGAAAACGCUUGGGACCUAGUGUUAGCUCUAGCCCUCCUAUGUACGUGCUAAUUUUUGUGGAAGCACCCAUGAAGAAAUGUCAGUAUCAAUGGUUGCUUCGCGGUGCACAGCAUUGCACAGAAACUAUCUGUUUCUCAGCGUUGGAAGCUAUGGUGAUUGGGAAUUUCAUCCCGUACUGGCAGUGCUCCAUUUGGUUCUCUUGUUGAAGCUCAUUACUGUUGCUUUUAGUUGAGCCAGACUGCCUGCGUGCUUGCGUGCUGGUUGAUCCCCCAACUGUAUUGUUGUUAACCUGAGAUUUCAGUUUUUUUCACCAGAUAUGAGCUAAUUUAUAAGUAGUUUGUAGAACGAACUAUGUACGAAGUGUAAACGCAUAAAUUAUCCAAUCUGCAG